GUUUCGCACCGGUGGACUGACGGUGUUACACUAAUAACAACAGCUGCAACUGAAGCUAAUCUUUGUAAUAACGACAACGUACACCGGUUGCUGUUAGACUGACCGUCGACCACCCGCUCUGGUUCAUGUUUGCCUCAUUUCCUCUCACCUGGGGUUACUGUGUUUUCGCUGACACCCCCACCACCUACAAACAGGCUCCGGUCUAGAUGUAGUGAAGAGGGGUACCGGAUCCAAUCAGCAUCGAGAUCCGUGAUGAUUGACGACUGUUAAACCCCGCGGUAGCCAAUCGUGAUGCUGUCAUGAGGCACUUCACUUCCUUCUAGGAGACAGUGUCUACCUGUCAGCUGCUGUAUCGAGAUCAACUAUGCACCCGUACCACAAGUCUCAGUCCAGACCGGACCAUCUCCCCUCUGAGGGUCCAGUGGGUCAGGGUCACCUCGGGUCACCCAGGUCUUUGGUUUGUGCACCUGAGCAGUCAGCACCAACGUAUAUGAGCUGCCACAAGGAAUCAUCCACAAGCCAUCGAGACUGGCACUGCCCAGUCUGCCUGCAGACCGCCAGCUUCCCAGUCCAGACGAACUGUGGCCAUUUGUUCUGUGCUCCCUGUCUGAUCGCCUACUGGAGACAUGGGUCAUGGUUGGACGCAAUCAGCUGCCCUCUGUGUAGACAGAAGGUCAGUGUGCUUUGCCAUCUAUUUAACGAGAGUCGAUCAGACCGACAGUCAAAGGAAGUUCUUGGGGAAAUCACAGAUUACAACAAACGUUAUUCUGGAGCCCCACGACGGGUGACAGACUACCUGUGUGAUGCGCCCCUUCUCCUGCAGUUACUGGCCCGUGGCCUCGGCACCAUGGGAGGCCUUGUGUGGCUAUUUUUCUUCAGGGUGGCCCUGUGCUGCGUGGGCACUGUGGUGUCCAUCUCCUCCCCUCCUUUGGACCCUGUGUCCUCACCAGCAGCAAGUCCCCUAGAAACAGACCCCUCCCUCUGCGGCCUGCUGGGGGUUCUGGAUGACCUGGUGGUGGUCAUCCUUCUCCUUAUCUGCGUUAUCAACAUCAACCAGCAAAUGGUGCCAGAGAGAGGAAGGCACUCUGCAAAUGCUACAACCUCACGAGGAGUAAUGGGGAAUUCACUGUAGACAGAUGCUGCUGUGGAGUGUCAGUACAAGCUCUUUUGAUAUGGACUUUUAUUGGAUUUCUUCCUUCUGACUGUAGCUAGUGGAUGCAAGAAUACUGACAAUAGCACAGCAUGCAACAGUUGAAAUGUUAGACGGUGUGUCUGGCUCUCAGACUGUGGACGCAGACUCCAGGCCUGUUUGCCAAGUGUUUACAGAGCCUUGAGCAAGAGUGAUACCUGAAAUACAGUGUUAUGCAGUUUGGUGGUUCAACUUUGAUUACAAAUCCUUCCUCCUUAAGUUCCUGGGCCUGAAGUGUUUGGCUGGUUAAUCCAUAUUAAAUAGGCAAAAUCUUAAUUAAUUCAUCAUUUAUAUUUUAAUAAUCCAUAAUUUAUAGCAUCUUACCCCCCAAAACUGAGCAAACUGUCAUGUUUACCCCUCUAACUAGGCAGCAAUUUUGUCACUUUGUUUCAGCGAGCUCAAGAAAAGCUGUCAUGUCAGUACUGUAGUAUUGACUUCUAUUUAAAUACUUUAUAUUGUAUGAAAUUGUUUUUAUGUUUAAAAUAAAUAAUAUUUAUUGUCUUAAGUGGGUUUUCUUAAUCUUAUGACACAGUACACA